AAAAUAAUAAAAAGAAUCGAAUAAAUUUUUUUUACUAGCAAAACACGUGAUUGGAUGGACAUAUAUGUAAACCGAUUCUUGUGAAAACCUGAAAAUGGAUAAUGAUAUUAGUGAAGAUCUAUCACAUGUUCCAUUCGAAGAGUUGCUCAACAUAAAAGAAAAAUUGGGUACCAAAGUUUAUCGACAAACCGUAUUGAAACCACUGAAAAUUCUUCACUCUUCGGGUACUGAUGAUAAAAAUGAAAAUAAUCAACAACCUAAGACAACAAAAAUAACGAUUAAAAAACGAAAAAAUAAUCUGUCGGAACCUAUCGAAGUUUCAUCAAAGAGAUUGGAUUAUCGAUUCUACUCCAAUAAUGACAAACAAAUAAAGACAUUUCGUGAUCCUCGAUUUGAUGAACAAUGUGACCAAUUUCGUUCGGAUAAAUUUGAACAAAACUAUAAUUUUCUCACUGAUAUGAAACGCAAAGAAUUGGAUGAUUUACGACGACGCUUGAAAAAGGCAAAAAAUGUGGAAAUUAAAGAAAAAAUAAGAUUCCUGAUGCAACGUAUAACCAAUCAAAUACAUGCGGAUGAAGAACGUGAACGAACCAAACGUAUACGACAAAAAUUGGCUCGAUCCAAACAAUUUGAUGUUACCGAACAAACAAAUGAACCCAAUAACGACCGUUCAUUAAAACGGAAAUUCGUUAAUAAAAGUCAAAUUAAACGAACAAAAUUGCUAGAAAAAUACAAACUACUUAAAGAAUCGGGUAGACUACAAAAAUACAUGGAAAGAAAAAGGAAAAAAUUGGCCGCUAAAGAUCGGAAACGCAUGCCUACAAUUGUUUGAUAUGUACAAAUUGAUUUAAUUUAACCCUUAUCCAAAUGAAAUAAUUUGUUUACAAAAUAAAUUCCAAAAAUAAUGAGAA